AAGUAUUAUAAUAAUUAUAUUUCUUUCUCAUCUCUUUUUCUAUUCCCCUCUUCUCGUUCUUCUAUUCCUUUCCUUUCCACAAAACAAACGUCCGUUACAUAAUGCUCUUCAUCACCGCUGAUCUAAUCGCAGCCGUGAUAGCGCUUUUUAGUUUGGCUCUUUGUGAACUUAAUAACAUAAAACGCCGCUCCUCUUCUGCAAUCAUCCUUUGACCGAGGCGCAACGUAGAUAUUUCCCUCCCUUAAAAAUUUUGUGCCCUCUUGAUGGCUGCGCCAAAUUGGUCAUUAUUGUGACUCUCUCGCUUCGAUGCUUUUCAACUUUCUCAGUCUCUCUCUCUCUCUCUCCCAUUUUUGCAACCUCUUUUUUUCCCUUCAUCUUCCUUCUCUUCUUUCCAUUACUAUUUCUUCCUUCUCCCUCGCUUUGACUCCCUUUUCACUCCUCCUCUUCCAUUCUUCUUCUUCUCGUUGUUUUUCUCUUUUCUUCUUUCUCCUUUACUAAUAUCCUCUUCCUCUCCGGUUUUCCCACUCCCUGCACAUCCCCUUCUUCCACCUCUUCUCCCUACCACGUAGAACAGCAGUCGAGCGGUUGCAGUUGGAACACGCCAGCUUACGGAUCACGAAGGGUCUGUCCGUCCACUGCUUCCAUCCUCGCAGACGAUUCCUCUUCUCGUUCCUUCGAGCGCCAUUCGGCCUCUCUUUCUCCCUCUCUUUCUUUUUCUCAUUUUUCAUUUCUUGCUUUUUCUCUCCUCUCUAUCUCUUCCUAUCCUUGCAUUCUCCUCUCUUUCGAUUCUUCACGAAGAGACGUUCAUCCCGAGAGACGGACUUUCGUUCCGCCAUCGCACACCGCUCGAUCUACGACAUUCUAAGUGGAUACAGCACGUAUUGGUCAGACAUCGACGGACCAUACCGCCGUGGCAUCCAGUAGCAUCGUUGCUCGUGCCGUUUGCGUUCUUUCUCAGUUGUCAAUAUUUCAGCGGAAUGGCACUUUGACAGACUGAAGAAUUGCGACCACACACCGGUUAACAGGAGUUUUAUAGAAGAGCGUGACCAUCACUACGGAAGUAGUAAAACACGACGGCUCCGUGACCACGUGAAGCGGCUGGACCUCUUGUGAGGGGGGGGUCAAGAACCGCGUGCGUACCCCUUAGAGCAUUUCUUCUUGAACGAUGAUAGACCCAAGCUCAUCCGAGGAGGAGAGUGAGGAGGAUCAGAGCACACACCAUGGCAGCGGUGGCGGUGGUAGUGGCGGCGGUCGUGCCGGGAGCAGUAGCUCUCACGGUUCCCGUCGUCAUCCCGGAAGUAUUGGAAACGGUCCAGGUUCCGGUAGCGUCGGUUCGCUCGCAUCUAGCCUUACCGCCUCGCCUGGUGGUCCAAACCACGUAGGCGCUCCGAGCACCGCAAGUACCCAUGGAUCCGGAAGUCGUGCCACUGUGGGAUCACAGGAUACCACUGGGGCCGGUCUGGACGUGCCCAAUCUCACCAGCGCCAGAAACUCUUUGUCGCCAUCGAUGAGCGCGGCUCAAGAUGCCUCGAAUUAUGCUCAACGGCCCACUAGUCCGUCUCCUUCGGUGGCCAGCGAAAAGACAGAAGCGGAAUUGCAAGAUAAGCAAGAGAGGGAAGAAGAACAAAGGAAAACUCGGAUUCAGCUUUAUGUCUUCAUAUCUAGAUGUAUCGCUUAUCCAUUCAACGCCAAACAACCGAUGGACAUGACGCGAAGACCGAUGAAAGUUACGAAGCAACAACUGGAAACUAUAUGUUCUCGUUUUCAGAGUUUUUUGAAGGGUGAAACGCAGAUCAUGGCCGACGAGGCAUUCCAUAAUGCCAUACAAAAUUACUACGACGUGUUCCUCAAGUCAGACCGAGUGAUACAAAUGGUGCAGAGCGGUGGAUGCUCCCAGAGCGACUUCCGUGAGGUAUUCAAGAAGAACAUUGAGAAGCGUGUUCGGAGCCUCCCGGAAAUCGACGGACUGAGCAAAGAGACUGUGCUUACGUCUUGGUUGGCCAAAUUUGAUUGUAUUUUGAAAGGUACUGGUGACGAAGAUACUAAACGGCCUUCCAGGAUGCAACAGCAGUCUUUGAACUCGGAGCUAAUACUGUCAAAGGAGCAGCUGUACGACAUGUUUCAACAGAUACUCGGCAUCAAGAAGUUCGAGCACCAGCUUCUGUUCAACGCCCUCCUGUUGGACUCAGCCGAUGAACAGGCUGCCGCCAUCAGGAGGGAGCUGGACGGUCGCGUACAGAAAGUCAACGAGAUGGAGAAGAAUCGCAAGCUCUUGCCUAGAUUUCUUCUGAAAGAGAUGGAGUCGCUCUACAUCGAGGAGCAGAAGGUGUCUAUCAACCUGCUAAUGACUAAUUUGGAGUCGUUACCAGUCUCCAAAGGUUCGAUAGACAGCAAAUACGGGCUGCAGAAGCUGAAGCGCUACAACCAUCGUGGUGAGCGCUCCCGCUGCCGCGGCCAGGGUUCCCUCGCUAAACUGGAGGGCGACUCCGCCGAUUCCGAUCCCCAGCUGACGAAAAUGGACGUCGGCCUGACCUUCCAGCUGGAAGUAGUCGUAAUGGAGGUCAAGGGCCUCAAAAGCCUAGCACCUGAUAGAAUAGUUUAUUGCACUAUGGAAGUGGAGGGCGGCGAGAAGCUGCAGACCGAUCAGGCUGAGGCCUCCAAGCCUAUGUGGGACACUCAGGGUGACUUUACGACAAUGCACCCGCUGCCAGUGGUCAAGGUCAGAUUGUACACCGAAAAUCCAGCGAUGCUUGCACUUGAUGAUAAGGAGCUAGGCAAGGUGAUCUUACGGCCUACCCCACUGUCAUGCAAAGUGCCCGAAUGGCACCGCAUGAAUGUACCCAAGAACUGCGCCGAUCAGGAUCUACGUAUGAAGAUCGCCUGCCGUAUGGACAAGCCGCUUAACAUGAAGCACUGCGGCUACCUCUACGCGAUGGGCAAGUCCGUGUGGAAAAAGUGGAAGAAGCGGUACUUUGUGUUGGUCCAGGUCUCGCAGUACACAUUUGCGAUGUGCUCGUACAAAGAAAAGAAAAGCGAGCCGUCGGAAAUGAUGCAGCUCGAUGGCUAUACAGUGGACUAUAUCGAGGCCGUUUCCGCUAAUCUCAUGGUCGGCAUGGAUUUGGAGGGAGGAAGGUAUUUCUUCAACGCAGUUCGUGAAGGAGAUAAUAUAGUAUAUGCUUCGGAUGACGAGAACGAAUGUCAUUUGUGGGUGAUGGCAAUGUAUCGGGCGACUGGUCAGUCGCACAAGCCUACCCCGCCGGUCUCUGUAGUUGACAAAAAUUCAACCAUAAGUAAGAUUCAAGGUGAUGCCGACCGCGCGAAGAAGCACGGUAUGGAAGACUAUAUCAGUGCAGAUCCGUGCAAGUUUGACCAUCCAGGAUUAUUCAAGUACUUGCAGAAUUUGAUGCUGGACUAUAGGUUGAACGAUCCUUAUUGCUCGCUCGGCUGGUUCUCGCCCGGUCAAGUUUUUGUGUUGGAUGAAUACUGUGCCAGGUACGGCGUGAGCGGAUGCUUUCGGCAUCUCUAUUACCUUCAUGAUCUGUUGGACAGAAUCGAUCGCGGGCUUAUGAUAGAUCCGACAUUGAUGCACUAUAGUUUCGCUUUCUGUGCUAGUCAUGUUUAUGGUAAUACAACAUCUACCGAUCGCGUGACCUCGAUUACUCACGAGGAGAAAGAUAAAUUUCUGGAGAUUAAGGAACGACUGCGACAGAUUCUCGAAAACCAAAUCACCAACUUUAGAUACAGUUUUCCAUUCGGACGUCCGGAAGGCUCGUUGAAAGCGGCUCUAUCUCUUUUGGAACGCGUUCUUAUGAAGGAUAGCGUGACACCCGUGCCGCAGGAGGAAGUGAAGGCUCUCAUAAAGAACUGCUUAGAAACGGCGGCAUUGGUAAAUUACACAAAAUUAUCCGCCGAAGCAAAGAUCGAGGAUGAUCUUAGCGGCGAAGUGUGCGUGCCUCCUAGCAAGAAGCUAGAGGAUCUCAUACAUCUCGCCGAACUGUGCGUCGACCUGCUCCAGCAAAAUGAAGAACAUUAUUCGGAGGUAGCGUUCGCCUGGUUUAGCGAUCUUAUGGUGGAGCAUGCCGAGAUUUUCUGGUCGUUAUUUGCCGUCGACAUGGAUAAAGUACUGGCAGAGCAACCACCAGACACAUGGGAUAGCUUUCCACUGUUCCAGAUAAUGAACGAUUAUCUUAAGACUGACGACAAUUUGAAGAACGGAAGAUUCCAUCAGCAUCUACGCGACACGUUCGCGCCAUUGGUGGUACGUUACGUUGAUCUUAUGGAAACGUCGAUCGCUCAAUCGAUUCAUAAAGGCUUUGAGAAAGAACGAUGGGAGAUUAAGGGAAACGGUUGUGCCACAUCGGAGGAUCUCUUCUGGAAGUUAGAUGCGUUGCAGUCAUUCAUCGGCGGAUUACACUGGCCUGAUCAAGAGUUCAGGCAACAUCUUGAGCAGAGACUAAAACUGAUGGCAUGCGACAUGGUAGAAUCAUGCAUUCAGAGGACCGACGCGGCCUUCCAGCAGUGGCUUAAAAAAGGCGUGACUUUCAUCUCUACAGAUUAUAUCAUACCGUCGGAAAUGUGUGCUAUGGUGAACGUUAUUUUGGACGCCAAGAAUCAGAGUUUUAAGCUUUGUACUGUCGAUGGUGUCGAUGUGCAUCAAUAUCAUUCCAAGAUUGACGACAUGAUUGAAAAGACGUCAGCGGGAAUGAAUCAAGGAAUGAUUAACAAGCUCAUAACGGUAUUGGAAGCGACGCUCUCUAAGUUGUCUCGUUACGAUGAGGGUUCCCUUAUUGGCUCCAUUCUUAGUCUUACGAAGGUAUCAGGAAGCGGGAAGGAAAUGGGACAAGCUUAUGUAAAUUUUAUGAGAAAUUGCAUAGAUCAGAUUCGCAGCAAAGUCCUUGACGAAUUGUGGAUUUUGACCUUUUUCGAGCAAUGGUACACGGCACAAAUACAAAUGCUAUGUAAUUGGUUGUCUGAAAGACUUGAUCAUAGCCUGCAUUUGUAUCAAUGUACCUGCCUAGCUCAUAUCGUGAAGAAGAUCUACUCGGACUUUGAGCUCCAGGGUGUCAUGGAGGAAAAACUCAACACGAAGACAUAUCAGACUAUAGACAAGAGGAUGAAAACGGAAGAAGCAACUUGUGCCUUAACCAUGAGCGCUCAGAACGAAGAAGGGCUUUCAGAGAAUGGCAAUGAUGACGAGGUGGAGAGACCUAAGACAAAAGUGACGAUCGUUGAGACGAUAACGGAAGACGCGAAUUACGUGGCCAAUUUGAGCAACGUCACAUCGAACGUUGUUGGCAAAGUCGGUAGUAUGUUUGGCAAGGGCAUCGGUGGUCUUUCUACAAAAUUCGGCUCAGCUAGCAAUUGGUUCUAGUUAUUGUUUCUAGCACUCUGCCAGUAAACCUUACAUUCGAUUAGUACGCUCCUUUGUCUAAAUAAGGGGAUGUGAACAGGGAGGCUUUUAAAGGCGUAGACAGUACCCUAUAGGCAGUAUGAUGAUCUAGAAUUUUGUCCAUAUAAACGAAUGAUACGAUUAAACGAUGCAAUCGAUCGGAUCAGUUUGGCUUUUAUCGUUAGCAGAUUUCUCUUCGAGAGAGAGGGUUCCGGCCGUUCGCCGCGACGUUCAAUGCGCGGAGCUACAAAAUUACUUACUGACUAAUCACGAUCAAGAAACUAAUUGUUAAUAUAUUUACUUAGUCAUAACUUUCGAAUUUGAGAUAACAAUGCAUAUUAGACGUAACAACACGCGCGUUGAGAAUUAUGCCAACUCGUUGUGGGCUCGUUUUAAUUAACCGAUUAUCAUUUAUGUUUAAUCUCAGGUAAUAGUGGAAAUAUAGUCGAAAUAUAUUCGGAAAGGCUGAUUGUACGGGAAUACGUACGAUAUAGAGUAUAAAUGCGUAGAUCUGAUCAUAUUACAAAGGUAUAUGUAUAUAAACAUACAUGCAUAUAUGCAACGUGUAAUUAUGAGGUAUUCAUAUAUUCUGUCGUGGUCUGCAUGCGACAGGCUAACGUCGUUAAUAUAUAUUAGCUGAAUUGUCAGAGCGCAGAAUGCAGAUUUUCCUAUCUACUCUGUGUACGCGCGAAUUAUUUUUGCGGAUUUAGUUAUCGGUGGAUAAGAAUACGGGCAUGUAUUUCGCGUAGGCUGGAAAAAAUUCUCGGGUCGAUUGCAACGUUACUUGGAUACGGAUCGCGAUAGUGGAAACGCGGAAAAUCCCGGAA